GACCAUUUGUGCACAAUGGAAACUAAUUCAUGUUUAACACAUUCUGAUCUUUCAGAUAAUGAAUCAUCUAGAGAUCAAGGAAGCAGUCUUAUCUUUUCUACCAGGCCUUCCUGUUGAAACCCUGACUUCCUUGGUGGAAGGGUUUGAAGAGCUUGGAGUGGAGACCAGGGCAGACCUUGCUUUGGUACAAGAAAAGGAUCUGGAGAAAUACCUCAGACCAAUCCAGUGUCGAAAACUGCUGAGUGGCAUUCAGAAUGAAGGUAAAUCCAUAUUUUGACAGUUAUCUUCAUGUCCCUCAUCAUCAAGUUCUGAAAGCACAUGCUCUUCUUUCCGCUCAAAUACUCCAUGUACCUCACUAUGUACCUCACCAAGUACUCAAGUUCCCUCAUCAUCUUUGUCGUCACCCACAAUUCCUGGCCAGCAAUGGUAUACAAACUUCCGGGUCAGAUGGUACCAGACGCCAGCAGCAGUUCAAAAAGCAGUGGCAGAUCAAACAAGAGCAUCACCAGGGGACAGAAGAGAUAUGGUGAAGGUAGUGGUGGACCAAAUGUUGGAAAAUGAUCCCAACCCCACCAGAGGAAUGUGUCAAAGCAUUGCCCGGAGCAUUGUAAGGGACUAUCCGAAUACUUUUGCCGAUGUUGGGGGAAAAGGAGACAUUAUUGGAGAUGGCUGUCACUCUCUUCUUCAGCAAAUUAAAACGAGAGUAGAAUAUAAAAAUAGAAAAAACACUCUUGCACGGCGACGCAGAGAGAGAAGGCCCCACAUUGGAGUGGCAGAGGGGGCCAGAUAAAUGGCAAGAGGCCCUGUGGAUCAGUACGGAUGUGUGAGGUGGUGUCCUGAAAAACUUCCUGCUGGAGAGACCGAGGCAACCUUGGAUGAAAUGAAAAGGCAACUGUGCAACAUCUACUCAGAGGAAGGGAUGGGCGGGGCAGAGAGAGCUGGCCCUCUGAUGGAGAAGACCUACAUCAUUCAGCGCCGGUACCUGAACAGUGUGCCUGCACCAGCCAUUGCAGAAAUAAAGGAGGAAUGGCCUUUUCUAUUCUCGCAAAGAGGCCUUUACUCCCACUUUGGUCUGCUGACAGAUGUCUCCAUCCUCAAUAAGUUGCAAGAGGCCAUGAACGGAAAAGGCAGUACAGCCAUUCGUUUCUUCCAGGAACACAGCCGUCGUCCUGGGAUCGAGGAUGUCCUGAACACUUACGAGCCAGAGACUUCAGACAAGGCUGCAUGUGUCCUUAUGCUCCUGAUGGCAUAUUUCAAAGAGCCCAAGAAUUCCAUCAUGCUUGAGAAUGAUCUGUGUGCUACAGCUGCUGAUGUGCAGAGGACAGUGACGUUACCAAGCACCCCCUGCUUGAUUGUCCAAGGCGACCUGAUGAAGCCUAGCACCUGGAUGUUAUCCAUUGAAGGACAGGUGGUGAUGGGACCACAUGAUCGCUUUAUCAACGGGAUACCUGCGGUUUUUGCAAGCUACUACAAUUUGAACCUGCAAUAUCCUGAGGAUGGCUCCUGCACUUUGGAGUUUAUCCAAAGGUGCUUCUUGGGCAUUAACCCAGAGCAAGGCUCAAAAUCCAAGAGGCGUGGAGGCAUAAGCCGAAAUGUGAGCACACUCCAAAGAAAGCUUGUUGACUUUGAGUGGUCUUUGUAA